UAAUAAUGUACUAGAGUAAGUAAAGUUUAGAUUUCGGGUGCCGUCGCUGGAGACAUCAAGUUAUUCUUCUAUUCAGGGGCCAUACAGCAGGACUCACUGCAGCAAAGAAUAUCCAGCCAGUUCUGUGCAAAUUCCGGGUACUUGGAUAAUACUGGCUGCCCAAGAUGUCUUUCCAACCAACUCCAAUAGAUGUCCCCGUCAUUAUCUCCGUGCCUGGCUCGGGGCCAACCGCGGACAGUACUCCAACUCUUGGAGCUGAACGGCGCAUUACUCCCUCAUGGACUGUCCUCCAGCUGAAAGGCAAACUGGAGACCAUGACUGGUAUACCGCCUAGCUGCCAAAGACUCAAGCUCAAGGCUCCAGGAAGGCAAGACCAGUGGCUCGAGGGUGAUGAGCAGGUCCUUGAAAUCUAUGGACUAUCAAAAGGAUGCGAGAUCGAGGUCCACGACACCCGACCUCCAGCCGCAAGACCCAAUUUCACCGACCUCUCCUCAGUACAGAAAUAUGAACUCCCCACCUCUACUUACGAGUCCCUGCCCAAUUCUGUCCUGGCAUGGAAGAAAUCCCAGAAGCUGGGCCGUUUUGACCCCAAAGCACGAUCACCUGAGGAGUUGAUGCGUGAACAGGCGCAAAAGGACGUCGAGGAAGUUAAGAAGAGGGGCAUCACAGUCGACGCUCGUGCGAUCAUUCUUCCAUCUUCGCCUCCACACAUCCGUCGUGGAACUAUCCGUUUCGUCGGUCCUGUGCCUACGAUUCCAUUCGCUGGUAUUAAACCGAACCCCGCAAGCGAGGAUGAUGAAUCAGACGCUGGCGUAUCAUCGUCGGAGCAGCAGCCUCUCUGGGUUGGGAUUGAGCUUGAUGAACCAUUGGGUAAGAAUGAUGGUAGCGUAGGUGGACAGCGUUACUUUAACUGUCCUGCGAAAACUGGUGUGUUUGUGAAGCCGGAUAAGGUGGAGGUGGGUGACUUCCCGCCUUUGGGACUGGAUGAUGACCUGGAUGAAGAUAUGGAGGAGAUUUGAUGGUUUAGCCUUGCAGAAGAUAUGCUAGGUAUCUUGAUUCUAUAGUGAUAGAAGGAUAUAUGCGUGGCUUUGCCAGUGAGGAUGUCUACGAGGAAUCAAAGUCAAAAUGGUU